CUUGUAUCUCGAUGGCAAAGCAUGCUAGUAACACGGCACACGAGUACUAUCUCUACCCGGCAGUGAUGCUUUCUUUGUGCAGAAGCAAUUGGUUCAACGCUAGAAGUUGCUAUAUCACGUAAUACGCCGAUAAAAUGUUGAAACCCAUAACUAACUAAACGCUUGUUGUAACUUUUCGCCAUCGUUGUAUUCCAUCCUUUGUUCCUGACAACUACUAAGAACGUGGCCAAAAAGACGCAUCAGAAUCGCAAGAAUGGGCCUAACUCCUCUCGCACCUAUGCAAGGCAAGACUGCCUCUGCUCCGUCGUCUUCGAAUAUGUCAAGUUCAAAUGGAACUACUACAAACAACCAAGGCCAACCCACGUAUGGCGUCUUCCAAUGGAGGCGUGUGGGCCCAGAAGAGAUGCUUCCACGAGGAUUUGAGAUCAAAUUUGACUUUGAGACCGGUCGCAACUAUGCCCACCUGCCCCAACGUUUUUGUUUGGCGCAUAAAGAUCCCGCGUGGGUCGCAGAAAUGUGCAAUUUAGCCGCGUGGGGUGAAGUCGAUAAACUGAGAAGAGAGUUGGCCAGAAGACAUGAUAAUCUUGGAAAUAAGACUCCUUCCUCUAGGAACAAGAUUCUAGGAAGCACUGGUACAACUAGACGAGGAGCUACGAAUUCCUCCACUGCUCGAGCACAAGCAUCCUCUCCAUAUGGCCGACAAAAUGGAACACCGUCGCCACGAGGACAAGAACCUUCAACUAGUGCAAUUACAACUAGAAGAACACCCAUUUCUAGCUCAAGCUCCUUUCUCAGUGACAUCCAUGUACCUCCUGGCGUGUUACAGAGUGCGGCAGAACAGGGUCAACAGGGAGUGAUCGAAAUGCUGAUCCAAAACUAUGCCUGUUCUGUCACGGACUUCGACAGUUGUGGGCAAACGGCGCUCCACGUGGCCUGUAAGAGCGGGAAUGAGGACGUUCUGAUGCUACUACUGAUGCAGGGUGUCAAAGCGGGAGUGGAGUUUUCUUCCGGAGAGGCAUCCGGUUCUUCUCCACAACGCCGUCGUUCAUCUGGAGCAUCUACGGAAGAUAUCCGCUCUUGUUUAGAACAAAUGAACUUCGGUGGAACAACUGGAUCGGAAGCUGAACAUCUACAGCAUGAAGGGGAAGCUGAAGAACUACGUGAUGUACAAGUUGUAACUAAGGUGUCUCAACAUGUGAAGAGAAUGAGAGCUGCGUUUAUGUACCUAGAAAACGCGCAAGGAUUGACGCCAGAGCAGCUGUUGAGACAGCAAGACCUACGCAUCAUGGCAAGAAGGAUAGGCGAACUUCUUGAAGAUGUUGCAAAUUUUACAUAACAGACUUCACUGAAGAAAUUCAAACUAUUUCUGCCCAAGUUGUAACUCCGUGUCCGUCCCUCCUGUACCCCAAAACCCAUAAAGAUAAAGCACAAUCGCAAAGUUGUGAAUGAUAACUAUACAUCGAAAAACUUACGCAUUCUCCGCUAUGCCUCUAGCAGAGUGGUUCCUUUAAUUCGCAUCGGGUGCUACGUUCUUGUUCAGUAUCCAGUUUAUGUACGAACGUAGCCUAUCGACUGACAUGACAUCACGAAAAGAGUGCAGAUUCCACAUG